CCGAAGUGUGCGGGAUUGCCGGCGCAGGGCACGGAGCCGCUCUCUGUUCGCGAAAAUGGAAAGCACGGAACAAAAAGCAGCUCGCUUCUUUCCAUCGCUCCGCUUCGUCACUGCUGUGAUGUUGCAGCUGGCCAUGCUGAUCUCGCUGAUGAUCCGCUUCAACAUUGGUACCGCCUUCCUCUGUAUGGUGGGCGAUCCAACGGACAGCACCAACACCAGCAACUUGACCGGCACAGAUGUGAAGUCAAAGCCUGGCGAGUUUGACUGGAGCAUAUCGUAUCAGGGCUGGAUCGUGUCCGCCUAUUUCUACGCGUUCGUCGUUUUUCUUGUGCCCGGUGGCUGGCUGGUGGACAGGUUCGGCGCGCAGUACAUGCUGCAGAUUGGAAUGCUGGUGGCGGGAGUAACCUGCCUUGUGAUACCCGUCCUCACCCGGCUGCACGGCGGCCUGCUGAUCGCCGCUCGGGCCGUGCUCGGCGCCACAAAUUGUCUGAUCAUCCCGUCGGUGCCGGCGCUGUCACGGCUCUGGUCGCUGCCCGGCGAGUACACCAGCGUGUUCGCCAUCGCGUGGUCCGGCUUCUACCUCGGCACGGCGGUCAGCUUCCCACUGGGCAGCGCCCUCUGCCAGUCCAGCUGGAGCUGGCCCGGCGUCUUCUACGUGUCAGGCAUCAUAUCAAUGGCGUGGAUGGUGUUAUCGGCGUUCCUGAUCAAAACGAUCCCCUGGAAGAGCGGUGGCUCCGCGGAGAGGAGAAGGAGAGCUUCCAGCGCUGUCAGGCAGCCGCAGGGGAGACCAAAAAGGUAA